ACAAUUUUUUUCAGGUUACUACUAGCAUAGAGCUUCAGAUGGUUGCAUGGACUGAAUUACAGUCCAAGAGAAGGUUUCUUAUAUGAAACCACAUAGCAUACAAACUCUCUCAAUGGAUGGUCAAUUUAAGUUUACACAAGUCAUCCUACACCCAGUGCUUUUUGUAUUAUUUUCAAAAUUUUCCUUCAAAUAUGAUUUAUGCAUCUAUCACAUGAAAAAAAAAAAAAAAAAAAAAAAAAAAAAGAACAAAAGAAAAGAAAAUUAGCUUGAUUAUUGAAGAAGAAAUUUUACAUAACUCAUUAGAAUAGACCCAGGCACAACAAUCUUGGAUGCUAUUAAAGAAGCUGUAGGAACCACAUCUGAAGUGAUUUACCAUAAACACCCAUCACCAGAGUACUUGUCAGGACAGAAAUUUUCUUUUGCUGUUGUGGCUGUUGGUGAAGAACCAUAUGCAGAAACCCUAGGGGACAAUAAAGAGCUUGUAAUCCCCUUCAAUGGAAAUGACAUAAUAAGUUCAGUUGCUGAAAGAAUGCCAACAGUGGUGAUCCUGAUAUCUGGAAGACCCUUAGUUAUAGAGCCCAGGAUUUUGGAAAAAGUAGAUGCCCUAAUUGCUGCAUGGUUGCCCGGAACUGAAGGCAGGGGGAUCACAGAUGUUGUUUUUGGAGAUUAUGACUUUGAGGGUCG